AGAGGGGAUUUAUCUGAAGUAGAUGGUCUGAAGUGUUAUGCAAUUCCAGGACAAUGUUCAGAGAUUUGUGGACAUAUCGAGGCGGGGGGGGUCAAGGCUAUAGUUUUCUUUACUUUUACACUUACUGCUAAAAUAGCCACGACCUCAAUUCAGUUGGUUGUCCUUGCCGGUAGAGAAAGGUUGAACACUGAGUUGUGUAGAGGUUUCUACAGCGCGUCACGAAGACAAGGAGGAAAAAUGUCGUCCCCUAAGGUUGAAGCUGUGCUGAAGAACUGCUUCUCUACUUGUGGUGAGGGACCGCACUGGGACGUUGCCUCCCAGUCUCUCUACUAUGUGGACAUCGUGGCUGGUGGAGUGGGAUGCUGGAACAGCGUCACGGGAGAAAAGAAGCAAGCCAAAUUAGGUCGGAGGAAUCGAUAUCAGCAACGGAAUGGACUGGACUGACGACAACUCUAUUAUGUACUACAUUGACUCGAUACCCCGCAAAGUCUAUGCGUUUGACUUCGACAUGGCAGGGGGGACACUCAGUAACCAGAGAACGGUGGUGGAGUUUGGGGAAGGAACGAUGGAAACGUACGGACUGCCUGAUGGCAUGUGCAUCGACUGUGAGGGCAAGAUAUGGGUUGCCUGCUUCAGUGCCUCCCGAGUGUACCGGUUUGACCCCGAGACAGGUAAAACGCUUCAAGAAGUGAAGCUGCCCGCCACCAACAUCACGUCCGUCUGCUUUGGCGGUAAAAAUCUGGAUGAGCUCUACGUCACAUGCAGCAGACACAACAUCAAGGACGAGGCUAGCCAGCCCCUGGCAGGCUCUGUCUUCCGGGUGACCGAGCUUGGCGUCAAGGGAAGGGCUCCAAAUAACUUCAAAGGUUAAUUGGAGCUUCAAAUACAUGUGAAGACUACAGGUGGAAAAAACGACGGUAGUCACAAACAGAAAAUUGUGAGGAUACCAAUUGUGAACUUUUGUUUACUCAUAACUGCAUUUCUGUUCAAUUGUUGGUUGAUUAUUGUUGUUAGAUUUCCCAUUCAACAGCACUUAACAAUAAACCACCAGUCAAAUAAAUAUGAAGUUAUGAACC